AUGCGCACUCCCCCCCCCCCGCGGCCUCACCUGCGCGCCGCCGCCUCAGGUGAAGCGGCGGCGGGAAAGGGGCGGGCGCGCGGGAACGGCCCCCGGCCGCGCAUGCGCGCGGCGCCGCCUCCCUCCCCCGCCCGCGUGCCCCGCUUCUACCCCACGGUCUGCUCCCUCCCCGCCUCCGCGCGCGGGCGCGCUCCCGCACACGCGCACUCACACACUCACCGAGUCCCCCCCCCCCCACUCCCCUCCCCUCCCGGCCCUGCAACCGCGGCCUCGGCCCGCGCGCGCUCCCGCCGCGCGGGCGCGCUCCCCCGCCUGCCCUUCCCUCCGCGCCCCCCCCCCACCACCCAGAACCGCGUGCGCGCUCCCGCUCCGGGCACGGGGCGCGCCCCCGACGUCCUUCCCCCCCCCCCCCCACCGCCUCACCGAACCCCGCGCGCGCGCGCCCCCGCGAGGACCGGCGGCGGCUGCGGCGGCGGCCACGUAGCGCUGCGGCGGCGGCCGAGGGGCAGCGGGAGCCGCGUCCGCCCGCCCGCGGCGGCGCCGGCGGCGGCAGCAGCAGCAGCAGCAGCGCCUGGGCCUGAGCGGCGGCCCCGGGCCGAGGCAGCGGCGGCGGCCAGUGGAGCGCGGGGGCCGAGCGGAGGGGCCGGAGGGAAGGCACGGAGGGAGGGCCCCGGCCGCCCUGCCCUCCGCCCUCCGCCGCCGCGCCCGCCCGCGCCCCCCUCCCCGCGCCGCCCGGCAUGGACGGCGGCGGGGGCGGCCCCGAGGGCACCGGCCUGGAUAAGAUGCUCGAGGGCUCCGCUUGCUGCCGAAGAUCCCUCCCCGCCCUGCCCCUGCCGUGAUCCCGACCCCCAGCCCAGCCCAGCCAGGACCCCCGACCCCGCCGGGCUCCGAUGGAAGAGGCGCCGGGCCGGAGCAGCCCCCGCGAGCCGCAGCCCCGCGGGACGGAGGGCGCCCCAUGAGCCCCCCCAGAUGAGCCACGCAGCCAAGGGGGAGCCCCCCGGGGCCGGCAUGGCGCAGGAGGGGCCGCCCGCCUUCUACCCCAGCCAGGAGCUCGACCUGUCCACCAAGGUGUACAAGAGGGAGUCAGGGAGCCCCUUCUCGGUGCUGGUGGACAGCAAAGGGAGCAAGGGCCACCUCCACGAGAGGGAGGAGCAGCCGUUUUUCAGGGAGAGCAGAGCGGUAGGAGAGGUCCGGGCUGUGAAAGAAGACAGGGAAAACUCUGACGACUCUGAGGAGGAGGAAGAGGAGGAAGAUGAAGUGACUUACAAAAGGGAGCAGAUUAUAGUGGAGGUAAACCUUAACAACCAAACCUUAAAUGUGUCCAAAGGGGAGAAGGGUGUCCCCUCCCAGUCCAAAGAGACUGCUGUCCUUAAGAGCAGCAGUGAGGAAGAGGAGGGUGACAGUGGGGAAGAGGCCACGGAAGACAGUAAUGAUUAUGAGGAGAAUGAGAGGCAGAAGAAAAAGGAGAAAAGAGUGGAGAAGGUUAGUGUUGGCCAGAGGAGAAGCAGGAGAGCCGCCUCCGCCGCGGCCGCCGCCGCCUCCCCGGCGCCCCGAGCGACGCGGGGGCGCAGGAAGAGCGCGGAGCCCCCCAAGCGUAAGAAGAAAGCUGCAAAGGAGCCCAAGGCACCUGUGCAGAAAUCAAAGUGUGAAGAGAAGGAGACUCUGACCUGUGAGAAGUGCCCCAGGGUGUUUAACACACGCUGGUACCUGGAGAAGCACAUGAACGUCACCCACAGGCGGAUGCAGAUCUGCGACAAAUGUGGGAAGAAAUUUGUGCUAGAGAGUGAGCUGUCCCUCCACCAGCAAACUGACUGUGAAAAAAACAUCCAGUGCGUGUCCUGCAACAAAUCCUUCAAGAAGCUCUGGUCCCUCCACGAGCACAUCAAGAUCGUGCACGGCUACGCCGAGAAGAAAUUCUCCUGCGAGAUCUGCGAGAAGAAGUUCUACACCAUGGCCCACGUGCGCAAACACAUGGUUGCCCACACCAAGGACAUGCCCUUCACCUGCGAGACCUGCGGCAAGUCCUUCAAGCGCAGCAUGUCGCUCAAGGUGCACUCGCUGCAGCACUCGGGGGAGAAGCCCUUCCGCUGCGAGAACUGCGACGAGAGGUUCCAGUACAAGUACCAGCUGCGCUCCCACAUGAGCAUCCACAUCGGGCACAAGCAGUUCAUGUGCCAGUGGUGCGGCAAGGACUUCAACAUGAAGCAGUACUUCGACGAGCACAUGAAAACCCACACUGGAGAGAAGCCCUUCAUCUGCGAGAUCUGCGGCAAGAGCUUCACCAGCCGGCCCAACAUGAAGCGGCACCGGCGCACGCACACGGGCGAGAAGCCGUACCCGUGCGACGUGUGCGGGCAGCGCUUCCGCUUCUCCAACAUGCUCAAGGCGCACAAGGAGAAAUGUUUCCGCGUCACCAGCCCCGGCACCAGCCCCGGCCCCGGCCCCGCCGGCCCCGCGCUGCUGCCCGGGCCCUGCCCGGCCCCUCCGGCCGCGGGCGCCGCGCUGGGGCUGGGCCCGGCCGCGCCCCCGCGCCCCGUCCCGCACCCCUACGGCGCCCUGGCCCUGCCGCCCCACGGGCACCACGCCCACGGGCACCACGCCCAGCACCUGCCCGUGCCCCCCGUGCCGCACCUGCCGCCGCCGCCCGCCCUGUUCAAGAGCGAGCCCCUGAACCACCGCGGGCACGGCCACGGGCACGGCGCCGACGGCGGCGGCGGCUUCCUGCGGCACCUGGACAAGGGCAGCCCGGCACAGCCGCACUGACCCCGGCGGGGAUCCAGGUUUGGGGGCCGGGAUGGGGUCUGGGACGGGCUCUGGGAUGGGACUGGCGCGGCUCCCCGCGGGCUGGCAGCUGUGCGCCCGGCACCCGGGUUUGGGGUCUGGAAUCUGGCACGGGAUCUGCCGCGUGGGAUUGAGCCGCUGUGGGCACGGCUCCCCGCGCUGCGCUCGGGGGCUGGCACGGGGUCGGCUCUGGGAUCCCCGGGUUUGGGGUCUGGAAUCUGGCACGGGAUCUGCCGCGUGGGAUUGAGCCGCUGUGGGCACGGCUCCCCGCGCUGCGCUCGGGGGCUGGCACGGGGUCGGCUCUGGGAUCCCCGGGUUUGGGGUCUGGGAUGGCAUCGAGGCCCCGGAGCGCAGCGGGCGCUUCCCGUGGCACCUGGACGAGGCCAGCCCGGCACGGCUGGGACCGGGCACCUGGGAUCCGGGUUUGGGAUCCGGGAUCUGCUCUCCUGCCGCCCCACUUCCUGCUUGGGGUCAGGGUUUGGGAUCUGGGACGGGAUCGAGCCCCAGAACCACCUCGGGCACACGGACACGGGCUGGGGUGGGAUCCAGGCUGGGAGCUGGGUCUGGGAUCCAGGAUCCAGGAUGGGACCUGAGAUCUGCCCUCCUGCCAGCCCACACUCUGCUUGGGAUCUGGGUUUGGGAUCUGGGACCCAGCUUUGGGAUCUGGGAUCUGAUCUGGGUCUGGGAUCUGGGACCCAGCUUUGGGAUCCGAUCUGGAUCCAUGAUCCAGCUUUGGGAUCUGGGACCCAGCUUUCAGAUCUGACCUGGGUCUGGGAUCUGAUCUGGCUCUGGGAUCUGGGAUCCAAUCUGGGUCUUGGAUCCAUGAUCCAGCUUUGGGAUCCAGGACCCAGCUUUGGGGUCUGGGAUCCGAUCUGGCUCUGGGAUCCAGUUCUGGGAUCCGAUCUGGGUCUGGGAUCCAGGAUCCGGCUCUGGGAUCCGAUCUGGGUCUGGGAUCUGGGACCCAGCUUUGGGAUCCAGAAUCCAGACCUGGCACCCAGCUUUGGGAUCUGGGAUCCACUCUGGCUCUGGGAUCCGCCCCCGCGCCGCUCCUGGGCCGAGCUGUGCCCGAAGCCCCCGGGUCGCUCACGAGGAGCCCCCAGGACUGAAAUGCCCCAAAUUUGUGUUUCCCCGGGGACUUUUCUAAACCCCGGCUCCCGAGCCUGGUGGAAUUUUCUAAUUUCAUAUCAGCUGACGAGGUUUGCUUGGCUUUUAUAUCCUGGCCCUCUCCUCAAAGAGGAGGCGGGCCCGGGCUCUUUGUACUAAUGGGAAAGGCUGUGAGUUAAUUAAUACAGAGCAUUAAUGAUCACUGUGUACGUAAUGAUUCCUUUCAGCACCCCGAGCUCGGAGCAUUCACCCAGAAAGGCAAAAAAAAAAAAAAAAAAAGGCAAAAAAAAAACCCCAACAAACCCCCCCUCCCCAUUGUUUUUGUGUAGCUCUCCUAACACACUUCUUUAUUUUACUACAGAAAUUAUUUUAGAGGUUUUUUGUAUAGAUCCUAUUUAGUAGAGUCUGUUUCUAAAACAAAAAAAAGCCAAAAAAAAAAAAAAAAACUUGAUGAUGAUGAUAAUAAUAAUAAUAAUUGUAUUUCCAUAAACGGUGUAAUUUUUUCAGUGUAGCUGCACCUCUGUUGUACAAUAGAGAAAUUUUUAUAAUCAGCCCCAAUGUGAUUCCUCAAAUAUGCUUUUCCCAAAUUCCCCAACCCCACGACUCCAAGGUGCUUCGGAGAAGAGAGGAAAAAAAAAAAACCCAGAGGUCUCUGGAAAAGUCACCCCAAAACCGGCGGCGAUUUCUGGAUUUAAUUUAUUUUUUGGGUGUUUUUUUAAACUUUAUUUCCCUUUUCCCGGUUUCUCCUCAGCUGUUGGGGUCAGAUAUUCCUGCUGGAUGUGGAUCCAGGAAUGAAAGGACGGGAAUUUUAUUGGGAGUGAGAUUCUGUCCUGCAAAUUCGGGAAAUUUGGGAAUGGGAAGUGCAGGAAAAAGCGGGAUCUGCCAGCGGGGGGAAGCGACGUCUCCCGAGUGAGGCGGGGAUUUAGGGAUGAAUCCAGUGCUGCUGUCCGGAUCUAGGGAAUUCUGGAAUUCCUGGAGAGGGGAAUGCAGUGGGGUCAGGGAAUUCCUGGGAGAGGGGAAUGUAGUGGGAUCAGGGAAUUCCUGGGAGAGGGGAAUGCAGUGGGAUCAGGGAAUUCCUGGAAUUCCUGGGAGCAGGGAAUGCAGUGGGAUCAGGGACUGGGAAUUCCUGGAGAGGGGAAUGCAGUGGGAUCAGGGAAUUCCUGGAAUUCCUGGGAGAGGGGAAUGCAGUGGGAUCAGGGACUGGAAAUUCCUGGAGAGGGGAAUGCAGUGGGAUCAGGGAAUUCCUGGGAGCUCCUGGAGAGGGGAAUGCAGUGGGAUCAGGGAAUUCCUGGAAUUCCUGGAGAGGGGAAUGCAGUGGGAUCAGGGAAUUCCUGGAAUUCCUGGAGAGGGGAAUGCAGUGGGAUCAGGGAAUUCCUGGGAGCAAGGAAUGCGAUGGGAUCAGGGACAGGGAAUUCCAGGGGGAGGAUCAGGGAUUGGGAAUUCCCGGAAUUCCCGGGAGCUCCUGCCUGUUUUUUGGGAAAUUUUGGGAUCAAGCUGUGCCACAGCCCCGGAUGUUCCGGGGCAGCUCCAUCCCAGGAAUCUGGGAUGGUUUUUAGGGCCAGAGCCGGGGAUUUUGGGCAAAUCCAGGUCCAGGACAGGGAGCCGGGGCCGUUCCCGUGGGAAUUGCCCCAUUCCAAGGGCUGGGAUCCCACGGAUCCAGCCCCUCACGUUGAGUUUUCUCCCACUGGAUCCCCCCUGGAUCCAGGAAUUCGCUCCCCCUGCCACAGCAGUGCCCAGCAAAUCCCAAAUUCCUGGGAAUUCCCGGGAAUUCCUCCUCUUUGUGCUGCUUUUCCCGCCCCAAUCCCACCGAACUCCGCGCCCGGAGAUCCCCACAGGAUCUGCCCUGCUCCUGGCCUUUGGGAUUCACUUUUAGCCAGAAAAGGCGGAAUUCUCCCCCAGGACAGCGCCGGCUUGGGAAAACCUCUGGGAUUUGCUCCUCCCUGGAUGUUUUCCUAAUCCUGGAGUUGGGUUUUCCGUAACGUCAGAAACUUCGGGGCCGUUUUGGGCCCGAACCCCUCGUUUUUGGCUGAGCUGAAAGCCCCUCCUGAUGAAAGAAAUGUCAUUUUUCAACCAUUUCCUCCAGAGUAUUUAAAUUCCCCUCUUCCCCCCUGGCAGGAAAAAAAUUCCAAUCCUGAAUUCCCAACCGUUACAAUUCCCUGGAAUUCUCUGCAUCCCCCCCCCUCCUGCAGCCUCCAGUGGUGCCACAAUUUCCUGCUCAGGAUGAUCUGGGAUAAUCCGAUUUUUAAACGCCGAAAAACCCCAAAACAAACAAUCUGUGAUUUGUGUUCCGGGUUCUACAAAGCCGUUUUUCCUCCUCAGUAAAUUCUCCAGCAUUCCAAGCAGCUCUUCCAAGAAUUCCAGAGUCUGGGACGUUUUUGUUUUGUUUUUGUUUUUUUUUUCCUGCUCUUCAGCUCCGCUCUGUAUCGGAUCAUUCUGAGAAUUUAUGAACUUCCUUUCUGUGGAAGAAGAUUAAAAAUUCCAACCCCUGUU